ACCUAGGCAGGUGGCCUGCCCCUCCUCCCUGGGUUGAGGAAGCAGGAAAAGGUGGUGGUGAGAGGCAGCAGGCAGGUCUGCUAGGCAGUGGUGAUCAGCGCCCCAGCUAGGAUGAGCUCUGUGAGGGGCCUGGUUCUGCCCCUUCUUUUCUUUUGCUGGGAGACUGGAGUCUUGGGAAGUUCUGCAGGCCCCAGCACCAGUAGAACAGUCCCUUUGGUGACAUCAAACAACAGAGUAGUACCUACUAUGACUCAGGGUGUCAGGACAAGCUCAGAGGGAGGCUUCCAGACCAUUGACCUCACUGAGACUUCAACACAAAGCCAUGUUUCUUUGAAAACUCAAACCCUGAGCACCAAGACACUUUCCAAGAACUUAAUCCCAGUUGGCACCACUUCAAAGGUAGAAACCAGGGAGGCCCAGACCAUGUCCCCUGCAAUGGAAACCAACACCCUCACAAAGGUAAGAGCUUCCAAUUUCAGGGCUGUGGUCACCUCCCCUGUGGAGACUUCUGUCAUGAGCAGCAGCCCCACAGGAACUGGAACCACCACAGCUGAGAGAAGUGCAGGCAGUGGUCCCACAGAAGCCAUCUUUGAUACCCUUUGUACAGAUGACAGCUCAGAAGAGACAAAGAGGAUGGUGGCUGGCAGCUGGACAUUGACCCAGAUCUCCCCAGAAGCUGAGAGCUUGUCCUCAGAGAGCAGUUCAUCUGCAGACAGCUCAGUCUCGGUCAAUACCACCUCACACAUUCUGUCACCUGACGCUGCAACUAGGCCCAAGGCCUUAGUGGAAUAUAGCAUAACUCACAUUGAGUUCACCAGGGGCAGCGUCAUGAAGAUAGAAACAGUUGCCACCAUCUCUGGGACCUCAGACAUAGAAUACAGCCCCACAGGAGGGCAGGCCGAGUCCACCUCUGAGAUAUCAGCUCUGUCCACCUCCACUGAGGCCAAAUCACACAUCCCCAAGACCACAGCCUCUGCUGAGACCUUGUCAACAGCCAGCACCUCAGAGUCAGCCUCCCCUGACUCCACCCCUGAGGCCCCACUGCCCACCAGUUGCACCACAGAGAGAGAAACAGCAGCAGCCCAGACGCCCACUCCCAGUGGAACCUUGGUGGCAGGUAGCACCAGCCCCUGGGAGGAAACCUCAGCCCUCUCUGCUGGGACAACACGCCACUUGGAGGUCUCGGGAGCUGGUACACAUUCCACGGAUGAUGGGUCAACGGUGGGCAAAGUGGCUUCCUCUGCUGGGCCCAGAGCCUCCAUCUACAGCUCCUCAGAGGCAGCCACCAUCCAGAUCUCCACCUCCUCAGAGACUUUUGCCACAGAGGGCACAACCACGGGGUCCUUCCCCACCAGCAGGAGCCCUCUUCCUUCUGUCCAUCCCUCUGCAGCCAGUAGCAGCCAAGAGACACACUUCACCUUCAGCAAGGCCACAGCCACACCAGAGUCCCCAACAGCCACUCCCACCACUGCUCAGACAAGGCAGACCAUAGAAGUCCCUGCAGCUAACACUCUGUGGGCCACCACCUCUGGGACCUUGGACUCAAACUACAGCCCCAUAGGAGUGCAGGCCAUGUCUACCUCUGAGACAUCGGCUCUGUCCGCCUCCACUGAGGCCAAAUCACAUGUCUCCAGGACCACAGCCUCUGCUGAGACCUUGUCAACAGCCAGCGCCUCAGAGUCAGCCUCCCCUGACGCCACCCCUGAGGCCCCACUGCCCACCAGUCUCGGCCCAGAGAGAGAAACAGCAGCAGCCCAGACCUCCACCCCCACCCCCAGUGGAACCUUGGUGGCAGGCAGCACCAGCCCCUGGGAGGAAACCUCAGCCCUCUCUGCUGGGACAACACACCACUUGGAGGUCUCGGGACCUGGUACACACUCCACAACCACUGGGUCAACGGUGGGCACAGUGACUUCCUCUGCUGGGCCCAGAGCCUCCAUCUACAGCUCUUCAGAGGCAGCCACCAUCCAGGUCUCCACCUCCUCAGAGACUUUUGCCACAGAGGGCACAACCACGGGGUCCUUCCCCACCAGCAGGAGCCCUCUUCCUUCUGUCCAUCCCUCUGCAGCCAGUAGCAGCCAAGAGACACACUUCACCUUCAGCAAGGCCACAGCCACACCAGAGUCCCCAAUAGCCUCUCCCACCACUGCUCAGACAAGGCAGACCACAGAAGUCCCUGCAGCUAACAUUCUGUGGGCCACCACCUCUGGGACCUUGGACUCAGACUAUAGCCCUACAGGAGGGCAGGCCGUGUCCACCUCUGAGAUAUCAGCUCUGUCCACCUCCACUGAGGCCAAAUCACACAUCCCCAAGACCACAGCCUCUGCUGAGACCUUGUCAGCAGCCAGCACCUCAGAGUCAGCCUCCCCUGACUCCACCCCUGAGGCCCCACUGCCCACCAGUCGCACCACAGAGAGAGAAACAGCAGCAGCCCAGACGCCCACUCCCAGUGGAACCUUGGUGGCAGGUAGCACCAGCCCCUGGGAGGAAACCUCAGCCCUCUCUGCUGGGACAACACACCACUUGGAGGUCUCGGGACCUGGUACACACUCCACAGACUUUGGGUCAAUGGUGGGCACAGUGACUUCCUCUGCUGGGCCCAGAGCCUCCGUCUACAGCUCUUCAGAGGCAGCCACCAUCCAGGUCUCCACCCUCUCAGAGACUUUUGCCACAGAGGGCACAACCACGGGGUCCUUCCCCACCAGCAGGAGCCCUCUUCCUUCUGUCCAUCCCUCUACAGUCAAUAGCAGCCAAGAGACACACUUCACCUUCAGCAAGGCCACAGCCCCACUGGAGUCCCCAACAGCCACUCCCACCACUGCUCAGACAAGGCAGACCACAGAAGUCCCUGCAGCUAACACUCUGUGGGCCACCACCUCUGGGACCUUGGACUCAAACUACAGCCCCAUAGGAGUGCAGGCCAUGUCUACCUCUGAGACAUCGGCUCUGUCCGCCUCCACUGAGGCCAAAUCACAUGUCUCCAGGACCACAGCCUCUGCUGAGACCUUGUCAACAGCCAGCGCCUCAGAGUCAGCCUCCCCUGACGCCACCCCUGAGGCCCCACUGCCCACCAGUCUCGGCACAGAGAGAGAAACAGCAGCAGCCCAGACCUCCACCCCCACCCCCAGUGGAACCUUGGUGGCAGGCAGCACCAGCCCCUGGGAGGAAACCUCAGCUCUCUCUGCUGGGAUAACACACCACUUGGAGGUCUUGGGACCUCGUACACACUCCACGGCCAUUGGGUCAACGGUGGGCACAGUGACUUCCUCUGCUGGGCCCAGAGCCUCCGUCUACAGCUCCUCAGAGGCAGCCACCAUCCAGAUCUCCACCUCCUCAGAGACUUUUGCCACAGAGGGCACAACCACGGGGUCCUUCCCCACCAGCAGGAGCCCUCUUCCUUCUGUCCAUCCCUCUGCAGCCAGUAGCAGCCAAGAGACACACUUCACCUUCAGCAAAGCCACAGCCACACCAGAGUCCCCAAUAGCCUCUCCCACCACUGCUCAGACAAGGCAUACCACAGAAGUCCCUGCAGGUGGUGAUGGAGGCUUCCUCCUAGUGCGGCUGAGUGUAGCCUCCCCAGCAGACCUCACUGGGCCCAGCCAGGCAGAGAGCCUCAUGCAGCAGCUCCGGUGUGAACUGCAUACCCACCUGCCUCUCGUCCAAGUCUCCUUACUGCGAGUCCGGAGAGGCUAACGAACAUGAGCUGAAGCCAGGUAUAUACCUUCUGCUGAGAAAGAAGCAGUGCUUCCCAUGGUCUGAGCCCUCACCAAUAGACCGGAGCCACGUUGCUAUGCUGACAUUACCCAGAAGGUUCCCAUGAAGGCCAGCUGGUUCGAGCCCUUUACCCCAGACGUGGCCAAAGGACCCUGGCUCACUUACCACCUGACUCUAUGUAUGUGGAAAGGAGUGUGUCGCCUGCUCCCAGAGGGGUCCUUUAGUUCCCUAGGCCCAUGUAUUGUAUUUCAGUAAAGAGAGACCUGAUCACCCAUCCCUGUGCUUCCAUCUUGUACUAAAAUUACACUCAGUGUGCCCCAGAGGUUAUCUAUGUGACCUGUAUGCACUGACAUUUUUAUUAUAUAGGGAUUUUAUACACCCUACUGUUCCCUCUAUUCUUCGUGUUCCCAGUUCUUGGUUUGGACCUUGAUUUUGCCCUUACUGAGGCCAGCUCUGGAACUUGUUGAACCUUAAACUUGUAAUAGUGAGUUCUCCAUUAAUAUAACAAAAUAUCUGAGAUAAUUGGGUCAGACACAAAAGAAAUGAAGAAGGGGCUGGGGUACUGCAAUCCCCUUCAAGGUCCCAGGGGCCUAAGGACCUCCCACUAGGCCUCAUCUCCUAUAGGUUCCACCGUCUCCUAAUGGAGCCCCCUGGUACCAAGCCUUUAAUACAUGGGCCUUUGAGAAACACAUUCAAACUAUAACAAGCUCCUUCAGGAAAAGAUAAUAUUUGUUCUUCUUAGAUUCCCUUGAACCUAGCAGAGCACCUGACCUGUAUGUCACACAGAAUGUCAAGAAAAUGUUUGUUGAAUAAACUUAAAUUUUAA